AUGGCAUCCUGCCGAGCCCUGCCCCAACAACCAGUCUGCCUAGGUUGUACUGUGUACGGAUAGGGAGGUGUUUGUCUGUGCUCGAGCAGGCAAUAGCGAUGACGAAACCUCGGAGCUGCCACUUUUGCCCCAGGAACUCUGGCUGCAUCCCCCACCCUGUCCACCGGCUCCUCUGGCGGGGUGAGGCAAGCUUUCAUCCGGCACAUCACUUCCUCAGGUAUACCAAUCACCUGAACCAUCAGACACCUCUUGGGCUUGCUCACACUUUGACCAAGCCUCCAACAAACCUCCACUUCCAACGGCUGCCUGCUUUGAAGCUGCCUUCUUGUCCUCCGCCUCCCAGGCCCGUGGACUCCCAAUAUCUCACCCAACCACCCAGCCUCCCGCUCCCUCUCUCCCUCAUCCCACCCACCGCUCCUCGAAAAGAUGCUGUUGAGAAUCAGAGGGCCUGAUGGCAUGCUGCGCAUCAACGUCGAACAGACAGACUCCUUUGCAGACGUUGCCAGCAAGUUCUUGGCCGAACUCCCACCAACGGUCGAUCCCUCCACCAUUACCUUCUCAAACGCGCCCGGGGGCAACGACUUCAAGGCGGUCGACGAGGUUGGGCAUGUGAGCAUUGCCCAGACCGGUCUCAAACAUGGCGACGUAGUCUUCAUCAGGUACCAACACGCUGCGGUUAUGGGCAACGGAAAUGCGAACGGCGACACAGACAAGGGCAAGGCGCCGUUGGCGUCGUCUACGAACCGACUGAACGGGAAGCCCAUCCUGCCAACCGAGGACCUCCCCAUCGACCCACCACCUCUGACCUCGCCGACCGAGAGAAUUAAGAACCCUUGGGAGGUUGUCGUGCAGUCCAAGCUCGACGAUGUCCUGGACAAGAAGAGUGGCAAGAUUCCCCGAAAGAUGGACACCAUGUGCCGUCACGGGCCAAAGGGCAUGUGCGACUACUGCCAGCCUCUCGACCCAUUCGACUCCAAAUACCUCAACGACAAGAAGAUCAAGUACAUGUCUUUCCAUGCAUACCUCAAGAAGAUCAACGCAGACAAGAACAAGCCCGAGUUGGGAAGCUCCUACAUUCCUCCCCUCGUCGAACCUUACUACCGUGUCAAACGCGACUGUCCGUCCGGCCACCCGCAGUGGCCCGAGGGCAUCUGCACUAAGUGUCAGCCGAGUGCCAUCACGCUGCAGCCCCAACAAUUCCGGAUGGUCGACCACGUCGAGUUUGCCUCUCCGGCCAUCAUCGACACAUUUCUGAACGCUUGGCGCAUGACCGGCGCUCAGCGGCUUGGCUUCUUGUAUGGUAGAUACGAAGAGUACGAUGUGGUCCCGCUGGGGAUCAAAGCUGUGGUCGAGGCCAUCUAUGAGCCGCCACAAGUGGACGAGAUAGACGGGAUCAACCUGAAUCCCUGGGAGAACGAAAAGGAGGUUGGAGAUGUCGCGAGAUUGUGCGGCUUGCAACAAGUCGGUGUGAUCUGGACCGAUCUCCUCGAUGCGGGCCAAGGGGACGGAACUGUGGUGUGCAAGCGACACGAGGACUCGUACUACAUCGCAUCGCAGGAGAUCGCUUUCGCCUCCCGUUUGCAAGCGCAACAUCCCAAGCCCUCGAAAUGGAGUGACACGGGCCGGUUUGGCUCGGACUUUGUCACAUGUGUCAUCUCGGGUAAUGGAGAGGGUGGCAUUGAAAUCAGUGCAUAUCAAAUGACGAACGACGCCGUUGAGAUGGUCAGGGCCAACAUCAUAGAGCCUUCGGCUGACCCUGGACGAAUGCUGGUGCAGGAGGAAGAGGAAGACGAUGGUUCAACUAGCCGCACACGGUACAUACCUGAGGUGUUCUACCGGAAAAUCAACGAGUACGGCGCCAACGUACAAGAGAACGCGAAACCGGAUUUCCCGGUUGAAUACCUCUUUGUCACGUUGACUCACGGUUUCCCCGACAAUGCGCAACCGACCUUUACGGACCUCGGUUUCCCCAUCGAGAACCGCGAAUACAUGGGCGAGGCUCAGGAUCCAAGUGCUGUGGCCCAGAAGCUCAAAGCCAGCUCAAAGUCGGAUAAUGGACAACUUGUCGUCUCAAACUUCCACUUCCUGUGCUUCCUCCACGGCAUGGGCAUAUUGAGCAAGGAUGAGGAAUCCCUCCUCUGUCGUGUGGCAACCGGCCACGAUCUAGCAGAUGCGUUCCAGCUCAAAUCAACAGAUGGUUGGCAGACAUUGCUGGCAAUCUUACAGUCGACUGGCUGAACUCGACCCCCCCGCAAUGCGCCAUCAAAGAAAAGGAUUCGAAUUGACGCGGUGGCACGGGAGGCAAGUGUCGAGACAGGAAUGGCAAGGGCAGAGUUCAACUUGUGGUGGCGAGCAGGAGCAUAGGCUGACUUGGGUUGGGCGUAUCGGCGUUUCCUGGCAUACGGCAUAGACAGCAUUAGAAGGACGAUGGCAAAGACGCUACUAUGUGUGGGUGUGCGUCAGCCGUAAAAGCAUUGAUACUGCGCAGAACGGUCUAUUCGACUCGUUUUGCCCCUAAUAUACCAAUACAGAUGCUAAAGUCGGCUCUCUGGUUAUUGUCGCGUUGACGCAGGUCAUUACCGUGAGGCGUGGCAGAUCCCCAUCGAUUUCCUG